GGCGGGGGGCGGGGCGAGAGGCGGCAGGCAGCGUAGUGUGUGUUGAGACAGUGAAGGGGGAGGAUGUGCGCCACAAUGCUCCACCGCCACUAUCGCCACCACCACCACCUCCGGCCCCACCACCACUACCCACACCCGCGAUUAAGUCCACGCCCGAUCCUUCGCCCGCGGGAGAUGGUCAUGGCGGAGAAAAGCAAGGCGCCUGUCAGAGUGGGCUUCUAUGAUAUUGAGAAGACGAUAGGUAAAGGAAAUUUUGCUGUGGUUAAACUGGCACGGCACAGGAUUACCAAGAGUGAGGUAGCCAUCAAGAUAAUCGAUAAGAGUCAACUGGAUGCCGCCAACCUGCAGAAGGUGCACAGGGAGGUAAAGGUGCUGAAGACCCUCCACCACCCCCAUAUUAUCAAACUGUACCAGGUGAUGGAGUCAAAGAACAUGAUUUACCUGGUCUCCGAAUACGCCUGUAAUGGAGAAAUAUUCGACUACAUCGCACGUUACGGCAGGAUGACAGAACCAAUGGCAAGACACAAAUUCUGGCAGAUUCUUUCGGCGGUGGAGUACUGUCAUAACCGUCACGUGGUGCACCGGGACCUGAAGGCGGAAAAUCUCCUUCUAGAUAUCAACAUGAAUAUGAAAAUAGCAGAUUGGGGCUUCAGCAACUAUUACACUCCCACUGACACCCUGAACACCUGGUGCGGGUCCCCUCCCUACGCUGCGCCUGAAGUCUUCGAGGGCAAGAAAUACAUAGGCCCUGAAAUAGACAUCUGGAGUUUAGGAGUGGUGUUGUACGUACUGGUGUGUGGCGCCCUACCCUUCGACGGCCCUACCCUGCCUGCUCUUAGGGACAGGGUACUUUCAGGGCGCUUCAGGAUACCUUACUUCAUGUCCUCAGACUGCGAGCAAUUGGUACGGAAGAUGCUGGUGCUGGACCCUGCGCGGCGGUACACGGUGCAGCAGAUCAGACAGCACCGGUGGAUGGCGUGCGAGGACCCCCCCAGCCCCGCCCCCGAUCCCCCAGAGGUAGCGCGGGCGGAGAGGACAACAGACCCCAACGAGCAGGUCCUCCGCGUGAUGCAGGAACUGGGCAUCGACGUGGCGCGCACCAGGGAGGCGCUGCUGAACGACGCGUACGACAACUACACGGCCAUCUACCUGCUGCUGCUGGAGCGGCUGAAGCAGCACCGCUCCUCGCUGCAGGGCGAGCGCCACGCGGGCCUGGACCACCAGCGGCGCCGCCCCUCCAGCGUGGCCGAGGCCGCCGUCAGGAAGAUGUGCGCCGUCAUGCCCCCCGGCAAGGCCUCGCCGCCCACGCCCCUCAUGCCGGCGCAGGGGGAGGUGGUGCCCCAAGAGAUGCUGGUGGGCAGGUCCUUCGGCCACACCGGCAGGAUGCUGCCCGCCACGCCGGGGGACCCCGCGGCACUUUCGCACUCCUUCAUAUCAAACCUGGGUCAGCUGGGCAUGCGCGGCGGCGUGGGCGUCCCCGUCCAGGAGGCGGAGGGCAUCGCCACCACCAUCACGCCCUACGUGUCGCCGCCCUUUAGAGAAGCCAGCCAGGACUCGCAGACGGAGCUGGUGGCGGCGUACCAGGGCAUGGCGGUGAGCGGCGCGCCCCUCGGCGUGACGCUGGUGGGCAAGGGGUACCGGGAGGCCGAGGGCGGGCCCUCCACCUCCAUAGACGAGGGCGUCGAGGCGGACAUGGAGAGCGAGUGUGGCUCCAUCGUGGGCGCGCCCCGCGGCGGCCCCUGCCUGCUGCAGAACAUCAAAAGUGCCUCCCAGCAGUCCUCGGAGGCCUCGCAGGGCACCGACUCGCCCCUGGGCAGCGUCACCAGCACGGGCUCCACCUUCGAGAGCUUCGAGUCCCAGCUGGAGCCUGACCUGGCGGCUUCGCUGUCCUCCUGCUCCCACGCCUCGCUCACCGCGCGGCCCGUGCUGCAGGGCGCGGCCGCCGCGCGCACCCUGCAACCUCAGGCCCAGCUGGAUCCUGGCGCCGAGGCUCCGGAGCGCGCCCACACGCGCUCACCCGUCAACUUCCGCGAGGGGCGCCGCGCCUCGGAUGGGCUGGUCACUCAGGGGGUGAUCGCCUUCAGGCAGCGCCUGCUGGAGACGGAGAAGGCGCGGGGCCUGACAGAGCUCCACAGCGUGCAGCAGGAGCACCAGGCCCUCACCACGUUGUACCAGGCCGCGGCCGUCACCAGCAGCGAGGAGACGCCGUCCCGGCCGCCGCCGCCCCUGCAGCACGCCCAGUACUACCGCCAGUGGCGCCAUUCCUACGCCGGCUCUGACGAGCUGAGCCGCGCGCCCCUGGUGCGGCAGCGAGUGUCGCUGCCCGACACGCUUGGCCUGGCGCAGCAGAAGCUGCUACACGCCAAAGACUCCGUCAAGGAGGCCGACCACUGCCUGUCCAAGCCGCUGCAGCAGCAGUUGUUCCAGCACCGCCUGCAGCAAAAAAGACAAAUCCUGCAGAAGCAGGCGGCCUACCCCAGGCAGUCCUUCCCCGUGGGCUGUGACUUGUCGCGGCGGCAGAUCGUGCGCCAGGCGUCCUACAAGUUGGCGCAGCAGCAGCCCGUGCUGCCGCCGCUGCCGGGGGAACUGACCGCCGCACACCUGCUGGCGGGCGUCACGCAGGCUGACCUCACCUGCCCGCCCAUCGCCGAGCACGAGGACCUGCCCGCCGAGGACGAGGAAGGGUGGGAGGGCAGUGCCACGUGGCGCCACCUCACCUCCUGGACGCCAGACACCACGUGGCACACGCUGCCCUCCACCUUCGCCGCCUGUCAGAUCAGCGAGGGCCAGCCCGCUCCGCCUGGCGCCGACGCGCGCGUGUGGACGCCACUGCAAUCCUGGCCCAGCACCUGGCACCAGGGUGGCGGCGCGGUGGGAGCAGCGCCGUGGCAGCCGGUGACGGGCGGGCCCGGCGCGCUGCUGCCGCAGACUGUGUGCGAGAGUCCCAUCCUGGAGAUGCCGGAACACAUGGAGACCUGAGUCAGGCCCCGCGGGAGGCCCGGCGCAGCCUGGCCCAGCCACGCAACAGCAGCAGCAGCAGCAGCAGCAGCAGCAGCAGCAGCAGCCUUGAGCCACGCGAGCCAGGCGAGUCAGGGGCCUCCUCCUCCUCCUCCUCAGCAGGUGUGUGCUUGGUUCACCAGGACUUCCCCGUGAACCUGUGAUGGCCGGGCCCCAGGGUGUGGCGCCUCAGGGUGUGCGGGUCGCGGCGCCCCGGGGUGACGCGUGGGGCUGCCUGCCUGUGUCUCGGCCGGCCCUGCUAAAUAUCUAGUCAAUACCUAAGCUUCCCACGCCCUCUACGCUUUUCCCACGCCCCCACACGCCCUCACUAGAUAAACACCCGCAGGACCCCAUCCGGACAACUUCCCAGUCCACUCACGCCCGCGCCGCCCCCGCCCGCCGCCCGCAGCCACUCACGCCACGCCCUCACUAGCAAACACCAAUCACAGCACGUCCUGGGGGCACCGAGGGCACUCAGUCAUGUUACGAGGCCCCGAUUGGCUGGCUGGUGACUGCUGGCGGGGGUGACGGGGGGGCGGGACGGGGAUGGGGACUGGGACGUGGCCAUGGCCGCCCCGAGCUGAGGUCCGCCUGUCCCUCUUUGAUGGUUUGGCAUUGCCUGGACCACCUCACCUAUGAUUCAAAAGUGUAAGGCAGACGAGUAAUGGUUGGCUUGCGUACCGUUCAUUCUGUAGCUGUCUGUUGCGUGUGCUGCCGCCGCGGGGAGAGGCGCGUGACGGGCAGGAUGUCUGGCGGGGGAAAAAGGAAGAAAAGACAAAAAAAAAAA